AGAGUCUUCUCCGGCUACAAUACGACACUGCACAUAAUCGCGCUAUCAGUUCAUUGGCGAACGGAACUUGCUAAAGGAAGACUCAGCACCAUUUCUCAGAUUACUUUAUUCGGUGGAAAAGUGGAAAUGAAUUGUCGAUCGCUUAUUUCUUUGUUUCUUAUAUGCGUUUGCUUCACUGGAGUGGCCCAUGCAUUUAACUCAUGCUCUGCCAGGAAAAUGUGGGACGCAUACAACGAAAUGAAACGGGUGCAAUGCAAAAACUGUGACAGGUACUUUCAUUGUAUGGGCAACUAUAAUGCGGUGUACUCCUGCUCGGGUUCUAUGGAUGAUAAGAAAGCCACGGCAAAGCAAAUUAGUGACGUACGCGAAUGGGCAAUCUUCGGAGGUGGUGCGGACUCUGCUGGGGACCAAGAAGCCAAUCUUUUUGGACGCAAUGGAGGAAGUUGUGCCUCAAGGUACCUUAAAAAUGUCCGCUGUGCCUACAAUCCCGCGACGAAACAGUGUAAGUGGUGAACGGUGGUGAACGGUGCGACAUAUUACAUUAUCGUAGUCCUGACUAAUUUACUAUGGCAAUAAUUCAUGUCCCUUGUCACCCAUAAAUUGGGCAAAUAUAUUCGCCUAUUGCCGUAUGUGAAAAUAAUUCUGUGGGAAAUAAACAAGGAAUAAAAUUGAUGGAAAAAG